AUGUUCCACACGCUCGGCGCCGUCGUCUCCAUCCUGGGCCUCAUGUCCAACUUCGUGCACAUGGCCGCGAUCGCCAAGUACACGAAGGACUGCCGCGACGGCAACUCGUCGGACUUCUGCGGUGAGGCCUGGGGUACGGAGUGGUUCCUGAUCGCUGCGAUCACCGUGGCCUUCUUCAUCUCGAUCCCCGCGGGCUUCAUGGGCCUGACCAAGGACGUGCGCUACAAGACGCUCCUCUGCUCGCUGUACGCCUUCAUCUGGCCCCUGAUCGUCGUGCACGUGUCGGCCAUCAUCACCGUGGGCGCCAAGCACGAGGACGAGCUCGGCGCGCGCGCCGCGGGCGUCGUGCUCGAGUCGAUCUUCAUGCCGCUCGCCAUGGUCUGCGCCGCGAUGGCCUCGGACGCGCCCCUGUUCCAGAUCAACGGCGGCGGCGACGCCAAGCCCAUGAAGGCCGCCGACAACGCCGUCUGA